AUGGGACUAUUGGAUGUUAUAAAAAAACAGUGGAAGUACUUCACGUUUACAGCAAUACAAAGCGGGUACAACUUCGGGUUGACUUGUAUAGGCGUGUUGAUCAGUCCUUAUAUGUACCAAAGAACUGGAAUGAGUUUAUCACUAAUUGCAAUGGUUUUUGGAGGACUUAUCCCUAUUGUGCACAUUGUUGUACAACCAGUUGUUGGUGUACUGUCCGAUAUUUUUCCUGUUAAAAAAAUACGAAGACGAUUCUUUAUUUUUGUUGGGAUUCUGGUUGCAGUUUUGACUUUACCAGUAAUCCCAUUUUCCGAUUACAUUGGUAUCGCAUGUGGUGAUAAUGAAAGUGGGCUAGAAGACUCUAUAAACUCUUCAAGCAACGGAAGCAUGAAAAUUUCCAUUUCAAUUGGUGUUGUUUUUUCUUUGUUUUCAAGUGGGUCGCUUGUACUCAUGCAAAUGCCGAGUCGUGCGCUGAUUGCGGACAAUAUCAAAAAAGACGAACAACGAUCAGCCAACUUCUUUGCAGCUUUGUUGGGUGGAUUUUCUGUGUUGGUGUUUUACACUUUGGCCGCCACUUGUGCACAGAUGAAGUAUUAUUACGAGCUUAUGUUUGUGUCUGCUGGGGUGUUUAUUCUUAUCACUGGUGUAUUUACUAUAUUAUUUUCAAAAGAAAAUGAAAAACAAAUAUCGGUGAAUGAAAACACACCACUCCAAGACAUGAAAAAUGAGUCGAAAGAAGAAAAAGCGCCACUAUCCUUAGAGAUAGUAGAUCCACAACAAGAGACCAUGACACCGCCAUCACCAAAUAACCGAAGCAAAUUUCAAAUUGUAGGGAAAUCACUUCUUUUGUUCAUCAAGGGAUUUGGAUGGAAAUUGAUGGGACUUGUCUUUCUCCAGACUACAGCAACAUGCUCUGUGUUGGUAAUAGGAAGUUCUGUAGCUAAUUACUAUGCAAUUAACAUGUUUCAUGCCGAGACGACAGACCCUUUAUACAACUAUGGCAUUUCGAUGUCGAUGGUUGCUAUGUUACUUCAAUCUGUGGUCCAAUGCAUUUCAUCACUCUUAUCUCCACUUUACGCCAAACACGAAAACAUCUUGUUUUUUGGCACAGCUUUUGUAUGUGCUUUGUGUCACAGUGGGAUGAUAGCGGUAGACUACUUAUCAACGUAUUAUGAUGAGCCACCAAUUUGGCUUUUGAUAGCAAGUUUUGUAUUGAUUGGGAUGGUUGGUACACUCGGUGCUGUUAUCCAGUCGGUGCCAUACAUCAUAAUCAACAAGAUCUCAUCGCCGAAAAGAUUUGCGAUCGAUUUGUCGUUCAUUGGUGUUGUAAUUAGUGUUGCCUUUGUGCUUUUAAGCUACUUUGUGUCACUCCUCCUUUCAUUUGGGAUAUCUUUGGUGUGCGUAUUUUAUAUUGGCGCUGUUCUUGCUAUCCUCUGCACUAUUGGGUGCGGUUGCCUUCUUCCCGUCCUCAAUGCACCAACAAAGAUAAUUCUAUCGGCACCAACUGAACAUAGCCUUUGA